AUGUCUACCCCCACCGUCAAGCUUAACAGCGGAUAUGAGAUGCCCCUUGUGGGCUUUGGCCUCUGGAAGGUCAACAAUGACACCUGCGCCGACCAGGUCUACGAGGCCAUCAAGGCCGGUUACCGUCUGUUUGACGGCGCCUGUGAUUACGGCAAUGAGGUUGAGUGCGGUCAGGGUGUCGCUCGUGCCAUCAAGGAGGGCAUCGUGAAGCGUGAGGACCUGUUCAUUGUCUCGAAGCUGUGGAACAGCUUCCACGACAGCGAGCGCGUCGAGCCCAUCUGCCGCAAGCAGCUGGCCGACUGGGGUGUCGACUACUUCGACCUGUACAUUGUCCACUUCCCUAUUGCCCUCAAGUACGUCGACCCCGCUGUGCGGUACCCUCCCGGCUGGAUGUCCGAGAACGACAAGCUCGAGUUCAGCAACACCCCUAUCCACGAGACCUGGGCCGCCAUGGAGAAGCUGGUCGACCUCAAGCUCGCCCGCAGCAUCGGGGUCAGCAACUUCAGCGCCCAGCUCCUGAUGGACCUGCUCCGCUACGCUCGCGUCCGCCCCUCCACCCUCCAGAUCGAACACCACCCCUACCUGACCCAGAAGCGUCUGGUCGACUACGCCCAGAAGGAGGGUCUCGCCGUCACCGCCUACUCCUCCUUCGGUCCCCUGAGCUUCCUCGAGCUCAACCUCAAGGAUGCCCACGAGACUCCCCUGCUCUUCGAGCACCCCGCGAUCACCGCCAUUGCCGAGAAACACGGCAAGACCCCCGCUCAGGUGCUGCUGCGCUGGGCUACCCAGCGCAAGGUUGCCGUCAUCCCCAAGAGCAACAACCCCACCCGUCUGGCGCAGAACCUCGACGUCACCAGCUUCAACCUCGAGGCCAGCGAGAUCGAGUCGAUCAGCGCGCUCGACCGCAACCUCCGCUUCAACGAUCCUCUUGCCAUCACUAACUUUGUUUCUUCUCUCUGCGCACAGUACGGCUUCUACGCUCCUAUCUUCUAA